GCGGCCAAGUUGAGUGGGAGCCGCUGCCGAGUGUCCCGCGGCAUCUCCUGCCCUCUCUGCAGCAUCUCCUGCCCACCCCACCGCCCCCUCCCCAGGCAGGAGAUGGCCCGGAGCAUCCCUUCCGCGGGAUGGAGGUAGCUGGUCCCCAGCCCAGCCUUCGUGCGGGGAGGGCUCCUUCCCACCGUGCUGCGCUGCGGCUCGGGAGGCGCAGCAGGGACCUCUCCAAUCUUCACCUUCCGUGCUCUUUGCUGUUGGUUUAACUCCCCACACCCCGUUUUUUCCUAUGGCUGGGAUAUACAGCUCUACUCUGAAGACCCUGGAGGAUUUGACUCUGGACUCUGGUUAUGGGGCAGGAGAUUCCUGCAGGUCCCUCAGUCUCUCUUCUUCCAAGUCCAACUCGCAAGCCUUCACCUCUUCUCAGCACAGAGGCAACUGGUGGUACUACUCGGGCUCCAUGAACAGUAGGAACAACAGUUGGGAUACAGUCAACACCGUCCUGCCCGAAGACCCCGAGGUUGCAGAUAUCUUCUCCAAGUGUCCUAAGCUGCCGGAUCUAGAGGAAUACCCUUGGACUGAUGAAGACAUUGGAAGAAUCCUACGCAAAGGGAAGGGAGAUGGCAACCCCCGAACCUUUUCUCAGGACGCUGUCAGGCGGCUCUCGCAGUUAUUGAGGCGUGCCUUGAUCAGGAUCUCCAGGGAAGCUCAACGACUCAGCGUGAUGCACUCCAAGUGCACCAGGUUUGAGGUGCAGAGUGCCGUCAAGCUCAUCCAGAGCUGGUCGCUGUCGGAAAGCUGCAUCUUGGCAUCCGUCAAGGCCCUCUCUCUAUAUAGCAUGAGCGCUGGAGAUGGGCUGAGGAAAGGUAAAUCGGCGAGAUGUGGCCUCACCUUUUCUGUUGGGAGGUUCUUCAGGUGGAUGGUGGACACCAGGAUCUCGGUUCGGAUCCAUGAGUACGCAGCCAUCUCUUUAACUGCAUGCAUGGAAAAUCUUGUAGAAGAGAUUAAGGCGAGGGUUUUGGCAAGUCAGAGCCCAGAUGGUGGAGGAGGGGAGAUCUCAGCUGAAAUCCUGGAGAUGGUUAUCAACAAUGAUGCUGAACUUUGGGGAGUGUUGCAACCUUAUGAACAUCUAAUCUGUGGGAAAAACGCUAAUGGUGUGCUGUCUCUGCCCGCCUCCUUUAGCCCAUACAACGAUGGCACUCUGUGCAGCGAUGGACGGGCAGAUGCUUAUGCCCAGCUGGAACUCCGAACUUUAGAGCAGUCUCUGUUGGCAACUUGCGUUGGAAGCAUCUCUGAACUGAGUGAUUUGGUAUCGCGAGCGAUGCACCACAUGCAGUGCUUGAACACCAUCCGCCCAGGAAUGAGCCCUAUUCGGCAAACCCGGCAGCAGCAACCCAUCUCCUGGUCCCCUGAUGCUCUCCACACCCUCUACUACUUCCUACGCUGUCCUCAGAUGGAGUCCAUGGAGAACCCCAACCUUGACCCUCCGAGAAUGACCCUGAACAAUGAACGACCCUUCAUGCUUCUGCCACCACUGAUGGAAUGGAUGCGAGUGGCCAUCACCUACGCUGAGCAUCGGCGCAGUUUAACGGUGGACAGUGACGAUAUCAGGCAGACAGCCAGACUGCUCUUACCUGGACUAGACUGUGAGCCUCGGCAGCUAAAACCUGAAUGCUGCUUUAGUUCCUUCCGGAGACUGGACGCUAAGGCUGCUACUGAAAAAUUCCAGCAGGAUCUGGGUUUCCGCAUGCUGAACUGUGGAAGAACAGAUCUAAUCAACCAAGCAAUUGAUGCACUGGGACCUGAUGGCGUAAACACCAUGGAUGAUCAGGGUAUGACCCCACUAAUGUAUGCCUGUGCUGCUGGAGAUGAAGCCAUGGUCCAAAUGCUUAUAGAUGCUGGCGCAAAUUUAGAUAUACCAGUUCCCAGUACCUCUCCACGAUACCAUUCAGUCCAUCCUGACAGCCGGCACUGGACUGCUCUUACCUUUGCUGUGCUACAUGGGCACAUCUCUGUCGUUCAGCUGCUUUUGGAUGCUGGUGCCCACGUUGAAGGCUCUGCUGUUAACAGUGGAGAAGAUAACUAUGCCGAAACACCUCUCCAGCUGGCCUCCGCAGCAGGGAACUACGAGUUGGUCAGUUUAUUACUAAGCAGAGGUGCUGAUCCACUUCUGAGCAUGUUGGAAGUCAACGGUAUGUCUUCAUCGCUUCAUGAAGAUAUGAACUGCUUCAGUCACUCAGCUGCGCAUGGGCACAGGAAUGUUCUGCGCAAGCUCCUGACCCAACCCCAGCAACUGAAAGGAGAUGUCCUCUCGCUGGAGGAGAUUUUAGCCGAGGGAGUAGAGAGUGACACCUCCAGCCAGGGCAGCUCCAGCGAGGGGCAAGUCCGGCUGUGUAAAACGAGAAUGAAGGCUCUGCAGGAGGCCAUGUAUUACAGCGCUGAGCAUGGCUACGUGGACAUCACCAUGGAGCUCAGGGCACUUGGAGUCCCCUGGAAGCUUCACGUGUGGAUCGAGUCACUACGGACAACCUUCUACCAGUCUCGUUACUCAGUCGUACAGACCCUCUUACGGGAAUUUGUCACCAUUAAGGAAGAGGACUAUAAUGAAGAACUGGUUAAUGAAGGCUUGCAGCUCAUGUUUGACAUCCUCAAAACCAGCAAAAAUGAUUCCAUCAAUCAGCAGCUUGCAUCCAUUUUCACCCACUGCUAUGGCAGCAGUCCGAUACCCAGCAUUCCUGAAAUCCGAAAGACACUGCCAGCUCGGCUAGACCCCCACUUUCUAAACAAUAAGGAAAUGUCUGAUGUAACUUUCUUAGUAGAAGGAAAGCUAUUUUAUGCACACAAAGUCCUGCUGGUUACUGCAUCCAACAGAUUUAAGACGCUGAUGACCAAUAAAACCGAACAUGACGGGCACGGGAGCAAGACUGUUGAAAUCAGUGAUAUGAAAUACAAUAUAUUCAAGAUGCUGAUGCAGUAUUUAUACUACGGAGGAACAGAAUCUAUGGAAAUUCCCACCACCGAUAUCUUAGAGCUGUUGUCGGCUGCCAGCCUGUUUCAACUGGAUGGCCUCCAGAGACACUGUGAAAUCCUCUGUGCCCAGACGAUCAGCAUGGACAACUCCGUUAACAUCUAUAAAUAUGCAAAGAUUCACAAUGCGCCUGAACUGGCCUCUUUUUGUGAGGGCUUCUUCCUCAAACACAUGAGCUCCCUUCUGGAACAGGACUCAUUCAAACAGCUGAUCUACAGCAGGAACAGCAAAGUGCAAGGCCUGGACCCUCUGCGGGACUUGCAGACAGCCCUGGCCAGCCGCCUGCACUCUGUGUACGUCACCUCCAGGGUGUGAAGCAGGAACAAGGCAGUGGCAGGAACACUGGUUCAAAUUGCAUGGGGAUGCAUCGUCAGGCAACGCUGUGGCUUUUCUGUUUGCCUUCUGGAUCUUGCCGAAAAGUCCCCUCCAACAGAUAACCCCUCAGCAAGGGUGCUGUGCCUCAUCCCGCUGACGGAGGGGGAGCUAAGCUGGCUUCUCUGUGCUACUACUGUCACAGAAACACUGUCACAGCACAAACAAGAACUGAGGAUGCACGUGAAGAACCUGGACCGAAGAGAAGAUCAACGCUGCCAUUGAAACAAGCACAACACAAGGCUGUAGAGAAGUGAGGCAAUUUACCUAGACCCAACACCUAGUACGUAGUCGCCAGUGUCCAUCUGCACACGUCAUGGCCACAGAGUUCAUACACACCGAUGUUUGACUUGUCAAAAGGCUGCACAGAAGGACUUUUCCAGUCCUGCAGACCGCUGCCCAUCCAGUGAGUCACCUGCUGAACAGAAAAGCUGGUGUACGCACACGCUACUUCACUACAGUAAUACACACCAGUGUCUCUUAAGUGGCAAGAAACUCAAACAUAAAAUCUCCCCUCAAACUCUUUGCACCUCGAGAGAUUCCAUAGAUGUUCAUGGCUGAGUAGAAGUUAAUACUAACAUCUAAAAUGACUCACUCUUUAAACCUAAUAUGAAGUAUCGAGCUGCUGGGGCAGGGAGAGGAAAAUUGGGGGGUGCAUUUUUUUAAUACGGUUUUACUGUGCUCAUUGUUAAUCUGGAUCCAUUGGAGGGGGGUGCGGAAGAAAUCUGUCUAUCCUUUCACUAUAAAGGUUUGAUAGUCCCAAUCACUUUCACCUUAAAAACCUGUUUCUGAGUGUUCUCUGUGAGACCUGACACCAUAAAAGAUGCUUUCUAACAGACUCAGGUAUAGUAAGAGCUAGCACGAUGCUGAAAAACUGCCCUAAUAGCAUAAAUAGCAAUAAAAGCCUCCCUAAGACCCUGAGGAGCUGGUUGGAAUCAGAAGCUCUGACCUCUGGUCUUCGCUUCCUCAUGGAAUGAUGUUGUUUCCAGAGAUAUGCUACCUCAGCAGGGACUGGGCAUAGCGAACACCGGACUGGUUCCUAUAGGUAAGCUGUGGUCUAACCUUUAGGCCCUGGCACUUAAACAAGAUGCCUCAACUCAAAUGCCCACGAUUCACAUUUUCCCUUUGUUCACAGCAGAAACAUUUUUCUGGUCCAAAAGGACUCAUUCUAAGCCACCUUCUAGCUGACUUAGAGCUUAAAAGGAGGCAGUUCACUCUACAGUUUUGUGUCCAACGCCGUGUUUUUGUGCAUGUGUUUUUGUUUUUAAUAAUCCCAAGCGUAGGAAGGCAGGCAGCUGUGUGAAAACACAGACCUUGCUCUUACCCAUAGCUUUAAGGAAAGACCUUAGUCCCACUGAUCUUGGUUAGCACCCACCAGAAGCAGUUGCCAAGAUGCUUUCAUUCACUAUAGGGGGAGGGAAGGAGAAGAGGAAGCCAGGUUUUCAGUGGACAACUACUGCUUCUUAAGAAUUCAACGCUUAAAUUGUAACUGAACACACUGGAAGAAGGAGGCUGAGCUGGGCCCAAGCUCCAAAGCACGACACGGACAUGGUUUAGGUAGAGGAAGGGAAGGAGAACAAACUCCAGCAUCUCCCACUGACUCCAUCAAAAACUGACAUCACCUUAUUCUUAAAGGAUUUAUAUCAGAGGCAAACUGCAUGCAAGGAUAAGGAUGAUUAGUCCAGGCUCAGUAAAGCUGACAAACAAAUUAGUCCAGGCAUGUUCCAGUUUGUGCUUUAGGUACACAUCCAAUUUUGGAGAUCACCAGCUUCAAUAACUCUAUUUAUUGUCUGAAAACCAUAUAGGUGUUUCAAAGUUAUCACUGGUCUGCCUGAAAAAUACCACGAAAGGCUUUAUCUUGGAAAGUAUUUUCAAGUAGCUGCUCCAGCUAUCUGUACAAAUAUGUAGGUCCUCUUUUUGUUGCUGUAAUAUUACAUUGCUUUGUUAAUUGUACAUUAAUGUUGUCAUUUAUGUAAAUGUACCAGGAUUUUAUUAACAACGUAAUUUUAAAAUACACAGC